CAGUUAGCGGCGGUAUUAUGGCAUCCCCUGGGGGAACCCGGCCAUGAAAUGCAACACAGAAAACCCGCCCCGACGCCUGCGCUCGCCUGCGGGGUGGUGCUGAUGCUGAGGGGCUCGUCCUGCAUUAAGUUCAUCACAGUCGCUCUGUUGCUGCAGCGCAACACACAGCCCUACAGCGCGUGCCUAUUGAUGCUUUGGAAAAAAGUGAAUUUUAAAGGUCCGUUCCUCAUUUUUAAAAAGUAACAUUGGCAGUCUUUUAGUGGAUGAUGCAGCACUGGGAGAAGUGAGAGACAAUUGGGCCGGUGACUUAUUUGUUUCACUUAGACUUUUCGUUUUAGAUGGAGAAGGCGCGUAUACAUUUAAUAGGAAAGGCGGACUGAACAGCACCGCUGAGCUGUAGAAAGAGGGAUCUUUAUGCCUCGCCAGUCGCCAGACUGUUUUUAAUGUUGUUUCAUUAUUCUUACAGUAAAACUGAUCAAGAAGAGGUAAAUGUUUCUCUCAGCACUGUCGCUGUUUUUAUUUUGGCAAACCAGUUAUUAGAAUAAUUAUUUCAUUUUUUAUCCACUUUUUGAUAUUUAAAUUAUAAUAUUAAAUACACGGAGAAUUAGUAUUCUUAUGAAAUUAUGGGGAUUUAGAUUUCUGACUGUAUUGUGAACUGGGAAAAUAAUUAUUUCAUCGAAAUUAGUGGCUGCUUUUAGGUAAAGGGACUCCUCAUAUAAAGCGCGGUAGUUUUGCUUUGAAGAAUGGCCAUCAACACAGACGCGGCGUUUGAAAAAGCGGCCCUGGGUGAGAGUGGCGCUGCGCAGCCCCCCGAAUCGCAGGAGACGGAGAAACUUCUGACCAGCGAGACGGCCGGAGGAAACGGCAUCAAACUGUCUAGCUCCUUCAUGGUGAAUGUAGGCAGCGAGAAAGACGCGGAGUCGGACCAAAACGGACACAGCGUGCCCGUGAGAUCGGGCUCCGCGGUACAGCUCGGGGGCGCGCCCCUGUCCCCGUCCCGGGUUAGCCUAAGUCGCACCUCUUCCACUGGGAAUACGGCCCAAGAACAGCCAAAGCCCCGGGACUACCUCAUUUUGGCUAUCUUUUCCUGCUUCUGUCCCGUCUGGCCCCUCAACAUUGUCGGACUGGUAUAUUCAAUUAUGUCCAGAAACAGCCUGCAGCAGGGUGACGUGGACGGGGCCAAGCGGCUCGGCCGGCUCUCCCGGCUGCUCAGCAUCGUCUCCAUGGCGCUGGGCAUCAUCAUCAUCACCGUCUUCAUCCUCGUCAGAGCAAUGGGCUGAGAGAGGCAUCACCCCCCCGAACACCCCUAAGACGGAAGCACCCUGUGUUACCUGACCGCAGAGCACGUUACAUACGAAACGUUACAUGGAAAAUGCUAGAUUAAAGAAAACCUCACUGUGGUCCACUCUAAAAUAAUAAUAAUAAUAAUAGCAAAAAAGAAAAGUUGCAUUUUUAAAACCCCGAGUCUCACGAGACGAUGAGGAGACAAGACAAACAACUGAAAAAAACAGCAUUAAGAGUAAUGGAUGCAUGCUUCACUUAAUGUUCGCUUGAGGAAAAAAAAAACAUUAAUCAAAUUCUUUUUGUUUGGCGGCGAGAGCCGUGCAGCGUCGCCUGCAAAUCGCUGAGCGAAGACAGAGCAGAGAGUAAAGGAGGUGCUGCGAAGUCCAACCGGCUUCGGAACGGAAAGGGAAAGUGUGGGAAUCAGCGUGAUAGAUAGACUCUAUAUCCUUGGCUGGCUCCUUGCAUUCAUCAUAUAUACGACACUACAUAUAUAAUUGUGUGUUUGCAGUUUGCAUUAACUCAGAUAGGUUUUUAUGUAGACAGGAAGACAGAGAAGCAGAGCAGGAUUCAGAGCACUAGCACAGGUUGAGUGUGUGUGUGGGGGGGGGGGUUCCGCAUGCAGCCCUCAGGCCUGGAGAGGAGUUUGUGUGGAGCUGAACAUCAUUCACAUGGAUGUCCUCCGCAACGAGCACACGCAUGCGUGCGAUGCCAGACCACACAGCCAUCAGUGCCGGUGCCCCCCCCCCCCCCCCCCCGCCAUUUGCCUUGGGCUGGGAGGGCUGUAAAUACGCUCUCUGCGAACACUUUUUCGUGGCCAACGUCACUUAUUCACAUGUUGCCCUUGAGAAUGGGACCCCCCUGAUGCCCCCCCCAUAUUAGAUAUAUAGGCAUGUUCAGAGCCUGCGGUGUGCUGUGGGUUUAUUGCUCUCUGGGACGGGGGAGGAGCACACGCUAGCUUUGGGAGUGAAGGCAUGCAACACACUUACAGUCCCAACUGCAUCUGCAGGCACUCAGCCAGAUUGCAUCUCUGAUUUCCUCAUUUUAGAAAUAAAAAAACACAAACUGCACACAAUAAACAUGUUUCGUGGUCGGCUGUAGGUACCUCGAAGAUGUCAGAGUCUGAGAUGAAGAUAAUUUGAAAGGGGGCAAAAGCAAACGAACAUGUAUGUGACAAGAGUAUGAUCCCAGAAUAUCAUGCUGAUCUUUCACCAUGAUCUCAAUCUAAUGUCGAUCUUGGGUACAACCUUUGAAUCUUGUGCUGAUCUUGACUGUGAUCUCUGAAUCUUGCUCUGAUCUUGAAUAUGAUCUCAUGCUGCUCCUGUAGGGCUUCUGCCCCACUGUGUCUUUUGGAAUUAAAAGGAUUUGAUGAGUCUUCAUAUUGUGUCUCAUAUAAAGAUGAAAAGGAGAAGCUGUUACACAAGGAUUCACCUCACACCGACCCAACCCCCAGAGUGUGGAAAGUACUUUGGGACACAUUCGUUAAAAAUGUGCUUUUGCCAGCCCCUCAUGACCCGGAACCUCCCAGAGGCACAAUCAGCUGGAUGAGGAGGAUUCAGACAUGAAGCAGGAAGCCAUGGAGCUCAAAGUCGCAGUGCGUGAUGGAGCCUCCCAUCCACCCAAACCCUGCUUCACUCACGCACGUCUCACACGUUUACAUUUUCAGAUGCCUGUACAUCCCGAAGACGAGAAUGGGAAAAACAAAAGACUAUAUUCUUGUAUAUUUGAGUACUUCCCUCCUGUUGGACGUGCAUGCCCUGCCUUCCAUUUCUCUGCUGUGUGACUUUUGCAUGUCUGCAAUAAAUGUUACCAAGCAUGA